AUGGAGUUUGAAGAUGCAGAAAAAAAUCCCGUGGCUUUAAAGUCAGUGUUUCCUCAGUCUCUGAUGGAUUCACUGGCUGUAGACUCCGAAAGUGAAGAUGAAGAAAGUGAAACUGAAGAAAUGUCAGAAGAAACGCUCCGUUCUAUUCUUGCAGACGACAAUGAGAGUGCCGAUGAGCAAGAGGAAGACGAAACAGAGGCAAACCCAGAAGAUUUUAAUAGGUCGAAUGACUUUGGAACUUUUACAGAUCGGGAAGAAACCUACACGGAACGAGCUGGGCCAAUCAUACAGCAAACAAAAUAUUUAGCCAAAUAUGGGAUAAACCUGUUAUGGAAAAGAUAG